AUUUUUGUGUAUUUGAAAGUCUGGCCCCCAGAGUUUCUGUCAGGACUAAAUCUGGCCCUUGUGUAAAUGUUCUUGAUGGCCCCUGGUCUAGAUGGAUAGCUUUCAGUUAAGGUCUGAAACUGUGGUACUUAAAGUUGUUCUGUAUUCCACAGAUGUGUCAUUAAAUGUGACCCACUCAGCUCCCCACUUCACAGACUGGUCCCUGGAGGCCUCUGGCAGACAACCCUUCAGAUCAACUCCUCCUCAUCAACUUCAAGGACUCUGACACAGCACAGCCUGAGAUGCUUCCACCGCCCAUCUCAACCACCUGAACCCUACCACUACCACCUCUGAGAAGUGAUGGGUGUCUCUCAGCCCUGCUCCCAUGUCCCUGUCUCUUUCUCUCAUACAGCUCCUUGUUUCCCUGCAUCUCUAUUUCAGUCUCUCUCAGGCCUGACCACAUAAUGACAGACCUGCUGUAUAUUAAAGGACCCUGCCCAUGCGUACUCUCCCAGUCACCUCCCUUUUCAUGGGCCUUUAUAAGCCUGUCACACGAGGGGGGGCACUACUUUCAGAAGAGGCAGUGUGCAUUGGCAUCCAGCAUCGAUCCAUCUGAACCAUGGAUAACCAUUCGUACAACUUCCCCUCAGACUGCACCCCGCUCACUAACUGUAAGUCUGCCCGUAAACCGGCUGGAUCCACUGUGGUGAACAUGGGCAACGUCGGCAAGAAUCCUCCACGGGACUAUCUAGUCUGGUCGCUGUGCAACACUUUGUACGUUAACUUCUGCUGCCUGGGAUUCAUGGCUCUAAUCUACUCCAUCAAGGCCAGGGAUCAGAAGACUCAAGGGAACCUGCAGCUGGCCCAGGAGUGUUCAGACAAAGCCAAGUGGUACAACAUCCUGGCAGCCGGAUGGAACCUGCUGAUUCCUCUCCUGGCCAUCGUCCUGCUCGUCCUCCUGCUCGUCCACCUGGGAACGUCCCAAGGCUCCUUCGACUUCUUAGGAGAGGACGGCUUCCAAAACUUCAUGAAACUGUUCAGCUGGUAGAUGGAGAUAGAAAAGAAAUAAGCCAGAGUCAACUUAGGCUGGUGACACACUAGAUGAUUUUCAAAUUUUAACCGACCCUAGGAGACAACAGACCUAAGGAUAGUUUCAACCUAUUUUUGAUAUUAAAAUCCUCUUAAUGCGCACACUAGAGCAGUGGUUCUCAACGUGGGGGACAUGACCCCCUUGGGGGUUUAGAUUACACUUUUACCACUUAACACCAGUAUUUCCAAAUUUUAACCCAUUUUAAUCACGUUGUACCAACAAUUUAGCCAAAUUCUAGCAGUUUUUGUCAGUUUCAAACCCUUUCCACUACUCUUUUUCUGCCUGUUUUUGCAACUUCUAAACCAAUUCUUGCCAC